GCUAACAAAACGCAUGUUUACAUUGCAGAAAUAGAAGGAACGAGUAUUUUUCGCCCAAUUUUCACAAAUUCUCAAGCAAAAUGAGCGAGGAUGGACGGGUGAAGAUCAGUUUCGGAUUCGCCAAGAAACCACCUGUAAAUCCAAAGAUAAAACUGGCACCGAAAAGCGAGCCAACUGUGGAAUUUAUUUCGUCGGUGGAAGGACAGGAAUUUGAGACGAUCGGUGGAAAAGUUGAAGAAAAGAAGGAAGAGUUGGUGAUUCCUCUCGUCAAAACUGUCCCAGCGUGGCAAAAGAAACUUCUGAAGAUUCGAGAUGGAAAAGCACCCGCUCGCCCUGUUGCAGCUCAAAAUGGAAUUAAAACCGAGCGAGAUGAACUCGACAUUUUAGCAGAGCAGGAAAUCCUCAGAGAGGCUGCCGAGGCGUUACAAGAAAGAGAAGAUGAUAAUAAGCCGAGCACAAUUUAUAUGAAUUUGGAUGAAGACGAUGCUGCUGAAGAAGACAAAGAAGAGCCAACAGCUGAGAAUUAUGAAGCUAUCCCAGUGAAAGACUUUGGUUUGGCAAUGCUACGUGGAAUGGGUUGGGAGCCAGGCAAAGGAAUUGGAAGAAAUCCUAAAGUUGUGGAAGUAAAAGAACCUGCAUUUCGACCCAGGGGAAUGGGUUUAGGCGUUGAGGCGAAAAAACCAGUCAAGAAAAACACAGAAGAAGGGCAAGAUCUACGAAUGUGCAAGGGAGCUUAUGUCAAAGUGUUUCAAGGUCCACUCCAAGGUUGUUACGGAAAGGUUGAGAGUCUCCAUGACACACUGGGACGAGUAUUAGUGCGAAUGACCCUUGGCAACAAAGUUCAGAGCAUUUGUGAGUACAUGCUUGAGCUUGUCACUGUAAAAGAGUACAACGAAAAGUCAAGAGUAGUCAGUUCCGACAAUGCAGCACUGGUUCAACGUAGUUUAGACAAAGUCUCCAAUGCCAAUGGAACAACUGAAAAGGCUUAUGGUCUAGUACAUUUGAAGAAGAGGGACCCAAGCCCGGAAAACAUUGAGAAAAAAAGGGAAAGAUCUCCAGAGAGACGGAAAAAGCACAAAAAGAGAAACAGAAGCCGAGAACAAAAGAGAAGCAGGAGUUCCGACCGAAGAGACAAGAGGAGAAGUCCCGAGAGAAGAAAAAGGAGUAAAAGUCCACAUCGACGCAGAUAGCGAUAAACGUUUUUUUGUGAACCACAAUCCUAGGGCGUAACGACAUCCUUUUUGGACGCCGAGCACUCCGUGCAAAUUUUCCGGCCCAGCGCUGAAGGCGACUAAUCUUCCACACUUUGGUUCUAUUGCGGUCUACAGAAAAGAAAAUGUGAGGAAAACAAUACAAUUUUGAUGGCUGUCUUAUCUAACCUGAACUUUGUCAGCCUCGAAAUUGCUCACGAAAACCAACUGUCCACCAACAAACUCUUCGUUAAGGUAAACUAUGGCGCUGAAGUCCCUCCAGCUGAAUGCAGGAAGGUCUCGGCUGCAUGUGCCAUUUGCAAAAGGGAUGCAGUUGUCUGCGUGAAUUUCAUGGCUCAUGUGGCCUGUGGAUUUUUUCUCUUCCACUGCGCAUCGACGAACCAAAUGUGUGAAAGAGAAAUACAACUCUUCUUUAAUGCCAAAUUUUGAUUUAACCACGCCAAGUGUCUUCUCAGACAUAGCUACAAAUUUAUCAAGCUCUUCAACGUCUAUUAAAUUUCUUGCCACCAUCUAAAAUUGUGACUUAGGAUUUACAUUUUUUAUAUAUUAUUAUUUUACUAAAGCCAUUCUGCUUAAGGAAAGUCCUGAAAAUGUUUCAAACUCAUUGUUGGGUGCUUUUCGUUCCUCAUUGUAUCCAUCGUCUAAAAUGCCAGCUUUCUAUUAGUAGAUAAGGCAUGAUAAAAAUCCAGAACAUUUUUAAAAAUUAAAAACUUGCCUUCGAAAGGUUUAUCAAAAAUGUGCACUCCUUUCCGUUGUAGAAAUUUUCCAAAAGAAAUCUCUGUUGAAGCUCAUCAAAGUUUUCUAAAACCUGUGAUUAACAUUUAAAUGUUUUUAUGAAAUUUGUUUUGCAAGUGCAUAAUUGAACCCUUGUGCACUUUGAAUUCUGUGGAUCAGCAACCAGGCAACAACAGGGAAGUUUAUGUUUGUAACUCUUGUUUUAUUGUGUGACAAGUUUAAAACCGUGCAAUAGAUACAUUUAUUCUCCGCACUCCUUUACAUGCAAGAAAACGUAAAAUAUAUAAUUAUGUUAGUAAACAUUUAAAAAAGAUAUAAUUAUUUCCUCUAUCUAACAAAAUCACUGAGUCUUUGGCAUUGGCAGUGGUCGAUAGCAGAGCGCAAACUCUUCAAAAUUUUCGCACAAUGCUGAGCCUUAAUAGUCAGGAACUUUCAUCCUGUGGCAAGAAAGAACAGACAAAUAUUCAGAUUUGUGCAAAAUCUAAAUACCAACAAUAAAAUUCACUCGUACUUACCUCAUCAACCUUGUUGU